UCUAUCUGUGUUGGCCCUGCGAUGAGGUGGCGACUUGUCCAGGGUGUACCCCGCCUUCCGCCCGAUUGUAGCUGAGAUAGGCGCCAGCGCCCCCCGCCACCCCGAAAGGGAAUAAGCGGUAGAAAAUGGAUGGAUGGAUGGAUGGAUGAUGCCCCCUUCACAUUUCUGACUGCCCCCUCAUAUAAGCAUGCUUAGAACCGCCCCUGAUUAUCAUCAUCAUCAUCAUGGUGCUGAUGCUGCAUGCAUGCGGCAUCAGCCAAUGGGCGCACAGCACAGCACAACCCGGAUGCUUUCGACCCACAGCAGCAGGACUGUCCGACAGUCUUGCUGGAUUCUACCAAGCAGGAUCUCCACCUUCUAACAUGUCUGCUGGAGGGAUGUAGAGAGAGAGAUAGAGAGAGAGAGGGGUGGAGGGAGAGAGAGAAAGUGAGAGAGGGGCGGUGGCUAAAAUAAGGAAUCGUGCAGAAAUCAGCUCCCUCCAUUCACUCAACUUAAUGGCUUCGGACACUUGUUUACAUCCACGGGCUCCGUCCGCCUUUCGGAUUGACUUUCUCUCCGCAGGACGGUAAAAGACGCCGUCGUCAACACCCCGUCGGCCGCAACGCACAUGCGGGGACGCGCGGUGCGGCUGUGACUGGGCGGCCGGAGCAUGCUGAAGAGCCGCUGCUGCGUCCUGCUCGGUGACCUGAGGCUGCUGCUGCUCGGCCCGCCGCCGCCUCCGCUCACCCCCAUGAGCGGCCAAGCCGAACACGGCGAGCGAGGAACCACACCCGGGGCGACCGCCACAAGCGCGGUGCCGGGCUGGGUGGACGCGGCGGAGCUGUCGGCGGCGCUGCGCGGCUGCGGCAGCUCCUCCGAUGACUGCUCGAAGGGCAAACUGGAGGAGAGGUUCUCCCUCACCAGCUUCACCGGGAGCGGCUUCAGGACGCCCGUCUGCAGGAUCUGCUUCCAGGGACCCGAGCAUGGGGAGCUCCUGAGCCCAUGUCGCUGCAGCGGCUCAGUUCGCUGCACCCACCAGCCCUGCCUCAUCAAGUGGAUCAGUGAGCGAGGUUCCUGGGCCUGUGAGAUCUGCUAUUACAAGUACCAGGUCAUAGCUAUAAGCACAAAGAACCCAUUACAGUGGCAGGCCAUCUCCCUCACCGUGAUCGAGAAGGUGCAGAUAGCAGCGGCCGUCUUGGGCUCUCUCUUCCUGAUGGCCAGCAUCUCCUGGUUGGUGUGGUCCUCCUUCAGCCCGUCGGCACGCUGGCAGCGCCAAGACCUGCUUUUCCAGAUCUGCUACGGCAUGUACGGCUUCAUGGACGUGGUCUGCAUAGCACUUAUAGUCCACGAGGGACCGUCUGUGUUCCGCAUCUUCCACCGGUGGCAGGCUGUCAACCAGCAGUGGAAGGUUCUCAACUAUGACAAGUCUUUGGACAACGUUGACUUGAAGACCAUGGCGGUGGACAGGACUCAUCAGACCAACCAGGCUUACCAGGCCGGACUCGGAGUGUCCGCCUCCACCUCGUCGCUGAUGGCGGUCGCUUCCACGGCUGCCGGCUCCACGUCUGCGACCGUGGUGGGACUUGGGAUGCAGGACUUGAACCCCGAGGGUGGGGGCGCGGUAGCAGACCCGCAUUACCCUUACAACAUCCUGCACCUGCUCAGCCACCUGAGACAGUCGGAACCUCGCAACCAAGCCAGCAGUAACUCACGAGAACUGGUCAUGAGGGUCACGACCGUGUGAGGUGUCGGACGGGGCCUUAUCUCUCAAAUGGGGGGCAGGGUCGAACAUUCACCAAGCAUCCAAACUGCAACUGGACUUCUUCUUUGUUACAUAAUGCAUCAUCACUGUCAUUGAUUGAAUAAAAAUGUAAAUUGAUUUGCA